AUGUUUUCAAAAUUUCGUACUCGAACUGUUCAUAUACGUCAAGUUUCCCUUUUUCUCACUAAUUCCAUACUCUUACAAACUCGUCCUUUCCUCGUUACCCCUAAUCAAUUGCGCACAAAAAUAGAAGUUAAAAACAUUGACCCUAAACUCGAACUUCCUACAGAUCCUUAUAUACUAGCCGAAUGGGUUCAAAACCUCGGGAACGCCAAUAAAUUAGACGAUGCUAUUAGUAUCGUUUGGCACUCAAAAAAAGAAGCGCAAUCCGAAGUGGUAUGGAAUCAUUUAAUCGUUGAAUGCGUUAAAAAGAAGGAGGUAAAGAUGGGAUUUCGGUUAUUCAACGAGAUGAAAAAGCAUGGAUUCGUACCAAAUGACCGUACCUUCACUAUUCUUCUAAAUGGACUCGCCGAUUAUCUGCCUUAUGCAGACAACAUAGCACAAGCUCGUUCACUCAUCUCCAAAAUGAACUCCUCUACAAAAUCUAGACCCGUAGAAUUAAACGUAUACCACGUGAAUUGCUUACUGAAGUUGUGCUCUAGAUUAAACAAUUUCGAUGCACUGCAAGAAAAUUUUAAUGAAAUGAUUAACAUUGGCGAUUGGACGCCAAAUCAAGAAACAUUCACUAUAAUGUUAAAUGCUUGUGCUAGGCAAGGUGAAAAGGGAUUUUUGGUAGCCGUACAAUUAUGGAAUCAUAUUAAUUCUAUAAUUGGUGACCACCGAAAAUCCGCGAAAGAAAAUAAUCAACCACGUGAAUCGGACGGAUAUGGACCCGAGCUGGGAAUUACUUUAGAGAUGGAUGAUGAAUUAGUGAGAGCAAUGCUGUUGGUAUGCCGAAAAACCGAAAAUUACGAUAAAGGAUUCGAGAUAAUUCGUAAUGUAUAUGGUUUAGCGUCCUCAGAUGAGGACUUGCUUCAUAAAGCAAUGGCUCCAUCUUCAAUUUCAUAUCGAAGUAUUAUGAAUGAAAAGUCAGUGGAUAUCAUGUUAAGUUUAUGUAUUGGCGCUAGGAAAUUCGAGAAGGGCAUUAUGUUGUUCGAUGAAGCAUUAAGUCAAUUCCCAAAUCUCUCGUUGGACAUUUACAACUUCAAUAAAUUGAUUACCUGUUAUAACCAGGUAGGGAAGUUCACCAAGUCCAUAGAUGUCUAUUAUCCAAUAAAGGCUCGCGGAUUAGAACCGACUUUGGAAACGUAUGAUAUGUUAUUAACAGCAUGUCGAAUUACAGAAGAUUGGAUCGCUGGAAAAGAGUUUUUUAAGGCUAUUAUAGCAACAAAAAGGGUGGAUAUUUGCCUGGAUUCUCAUUUGUUAAAUAUGAUACUGGAAUUGUCGAUGCUAAACAGGAAACCGUGGAAUAGUCCGAAGGACGUGAGAUGGGUUAUAGAACAGAUCGAAUCUUUUGGACCUAGUAAUCCAAACAUGAUUGAAAAAUUUUCGAGAAUAUCAAAGAAAUCUGUAAUGAAAAUUACUUCCGAUGAGGAAAAGACUUUGAUUCAUUGUUCUCCUGUUUUGGUCAGUAGUAAUUAUAUAUCAAUGAAUAUGCCGGUAUACAAUAUAAAGGAUUUACGAUUCUUGAAAAGAAUUGUGUGGGCUUACGAGUCGGCGUUAGAAGAAAAAUUUUUGAAAGAUUUGGACGAAAAUCUAAUACUUAGAUGGAAAGAGAAUUUGGAUUUCUAUAGAACGAUGCUUAUAAAAUACGAUCAAUUGCCACCUUUGAGGAUUAAAUUACCAUCGAAAAACCCUGUAAUGGAUAAAAAUCAACGAGAAGAUUUGAGUUUGAAGAAGAAAUUACAGGAUGAAAACCUGAGGAGGAAGGUGAUGGUGGUUGAAAACAAGAAAGGUAGUAAAGGAACAAAAAGAGAGGUUAUCUUGAAGGAUAUAAAAAGAGAAUCAAGGGACGAAAGAUCUGCAUGGAGAUACGUAGGUCAAUAUGCGCGUAGAGGAGUUGACAGACGAAUGGCAAGGGUUUUUGAGGAGGAGGGAGAAG